CUCUAUCGAAUAAACAAAGCUGGUGAGAUGAGUGCAGAAGAACCUGAUUACACGCAACUCCCCUUAGAGGAACGUCUACAACACAAAGUAUGGAAAGCCCGUUUAGAGGCAUACCAAGAACUCACAAACCAGUUUCAAAAGACAGCGGAUGAGAAUGAUCCAGUCUUCAAACCGUACCUUGCCAAUCCAGAAUUAUUCAAGAAGAUUGUCACGGAUAGUAACGUCGUUGCUCAGGAGAGCGGUAUCACUGCUCUUUGUGCUCUGUUGGAAUAUGGCGGCACACCAGCUGCUACGCGGUUAAGACAGCAAGUAAUUCCAGGUCUAUGUGAAAAGGGAUUGUCCUCAUCGAGGGCAGGAACCAAACAGAAAACAAUCGAGGCGCUUCUGUGGUUGAUCGAAUUGGAUUCUCCUGAUCCCGUUGUGGAGUUGAUGGUACCAUACUUGUCCGCUAGAUUGCCAAAGCUUGUUGCCGGUACUGUUAAAGCCUUGUACGAAAUAUAUUCUCAGUUUGGUGCACAAGUUGUUAGUCCAAAGUUGAUUUUGCCGAGUUUACCAAAGUUAUUCUCCCAUGCUGAUCGUACGGUUAGAGCUGAAACGUCAAACUUAACGGUUGAGUUGUUCUUAUGGAUGGGCGACUCUCUGGAACAAAUACUCUUUUCAGAUUUGAAACCAGUACAACAGAAAGAUCUUACUGUGGCCUUUGAAAAGGUUAAAGAUCAAAAACCAACACAGAAGAGAUUGUUAAAGUCUCAACAGAUAGCCAAUGAACAGAAUGCAGCUGCAGCUGGGAUAGCAGACGAGGAUAAUGAUGUUGUCAUGGGUAGUACUGAUGAGCCAGCAACAAUUGAUCCAUAUGACCUUGUUGAACCAGUUGAUGUUCUAAGCAAAUUACCAUCCGAUUUGACUACAAGAGUCACCUCUGCGAAAUGGAAAGAUAGAGUAGAGGUCCUUACAGAGGUUGAAAAGGAGAUGAAUGUGAUGAAAUAUUUAGAUGUGGAUUAUAUUGAAUUGGUAAGAAUAUUGGCUAAAUGUAUCAAGGAUGUUAAUAUUCAAGUUGUCUCCUUGGCAGCAAAAUGUAUUGAGUUUAUGGCAAAGGGUUUGAGAACGAGAUUUCAAAAGUACAUUCAAACAGUUUUGACUCCUUUGCUUGAGAGAUGCAAAGAGAAGAAACCAAGUGUGUUGGAUGCACUUAAUGGUGCGCUUGAUGCUAUUUUCCAAUGCUCUUCUUUAUCAGAAGUGUUACCAGAUACUCUUGAUGCCAUGAAAAGCAAAACUCCACAAGUCAGAUCUGCAACUUGCCAAUAUCUCAUCAGAAUUUUAAAGGAAACAAAAAUACCACCUACAAAGUCUGAAGUUGCUGAAAUAAUUACAAGCGCUGUGAAGUUAGUUGGUGAUACGCUUCCUGAUGUGAGAACGCGAGGUUUUGAAGCUGUUGGUACUCUGAUGAAGAUCUGUGGCGAGCGAGAGCUCAAUUCUCAUUUGGACUCAAUCGAUGAUUUGAAGAUGAAGAAGAUCAAAGAGUUCUAUGAGAAUGCGGAGGUGAAAUCGAAGAUGAACUCAUCUACAAAGCCUACUAAGGCUUCAGCUUCAUCGGUAGUUUCAGCAACUGGUUCAAAAGGCUCCGUACCGAAGGCAUCAUCAACAAAGCGGAAAUCCACAAUUGGAAAACCUUCUAGUGGUAUCCCAUCUUCGUCAUCUUUAUCUUCGUCCUCGUUAGGUGCUACAUCAUCGAUAGCCAAGAAGCGGACCACGUCCAGUAUACCUUCUAAGCGAGGACCAACAUCACCUUUAAAGAGUGAUCCUUCAAACUCACGUUUGGGGUCAGUUGGUAAGAGUGGACUUACAGGAAGAUCUUUACAAUCGACCACUAGUUCAAGUCUACAUCUGAACGGCUCAAACAAUAGCCAUGGAUUAACAGAUGCGGAACGUGUUGAAUUGGAACAGCUUAGACAGGAAAAAUUGAAAUGGCAACAAGAGAGGGAAAAGCAAAAGUGGUCACUUGAAGAAUCCAUGAAUGAUUCCUCCAAGUUGAUGAAGGAAAUUCAACAAUUGAGCAGUAAAAUUGACAAGUUGAACGAACAACAUACAAGUGAUUUGAUGACAAUAAAAUCGCGCGAAACUCAGUUACAAAGGGCACAAAGUGAUUUGGAGAUUUCCAAUUUGAAGAUUUCACAGUUAGAGAAUGAGAUUGAACUAAUUCAAAAACAGAAGUCGGCAAGCGCAUUUACAGUACCUUCAUUUACGCUUGAUGCCUCAUCAAUAUCCAACAGUUUCCAUGGAAGUUUGAACAACGGUCAUCAAAAGCCAUUACAAGAUUCCAACGUAUCACCAUAUGUGAACGAGUCCACAAGCUCUUCUCUUGGCGGUCUCACUACGGGUACUAAGAGUAUCGACGGAUUAGAUCGUCGCGUUAGUGGACUAAGCAUCGAUUCAAAUGACCAGAAGGAGAAUGGCGCGUUAUACACUCGCGCGACUUUGGAUACGUCCGAUGAGAGUUGGCGUCGUGCUGCUGAAGUAACAUCUCAGUUGAAAGCACGUAUAGAAAAGAUGAAAGCAAAGUCGAGGGCUUCGAGCCAGAGGAAUCUAUAAUAAAUUCAGCCUAAUAAGAAAAAAAAAUAAAUUAAGGUGGGAUUAUACGUACAGUUUUCAGGUUGAUACGCGUAAUGUACAUACCGUCAACUUUUAUGCACAGAGGAUGAGGUGCAAUGAAUUAAAGCUGUAUAAAUUGGUGCAUCUCACCAAUUGAAAUGUGUUUAUUAAGCGAUGCACAUCGCAACUACACGACGUAUCACAUAAUGACUAGACGACAGAACCAUAUUUUAUUUGCAAUUCGGAAGGUCAGACGGC